AUGGCGGCUGCUUUUUCAGAUAUCGACGCACCGUAUCAACUCAGCUUAGAAGAGCUGUGUUUUCGAGCUGGGGCAGCUCGGUUCGGCACUAACGAAUCAGGGUGGACAUAUGUUGAAGGACCUGACCUUGUGGACCCGGACAUUGCGGCUGCAUGCUCGAAUCAACUCGAAUUCAUCUCAAAAUUCAAAAGGCAAUGGGUAUCUGCCUCGCUCCACUCGCUAGGCAUACCGGAGAAAUGGAAGCCAAUUGGAAAGCGCACAGCGUGGAACCUGCAGGAAUGGCUGCACUCAACCGCCUUGAUGCCUUGGUUGGAAUCCAUCGAUACACACAUAACCUGGCUUUCAGAAGGCCAAAUUGCGUCUACUCACGACGAUCUUUCGUCAUUUGCUCCCGACUUUCUGCUCCGUGCCCCUCUAUCGGCCAUUCGUCGAGGUGAAGGAGACUCACCAUUAUCCAAGAAUUCUUUGUACGCUUUUCCAUUCUUCCUCGAGAUCGUUACAUACCCAGGAGACGAGGAUAAUGCUGCAUUUGCGAUCACAAGUUUUUUUCUAACAACCCCAGGCUGCGUGCUAGUUCCUAAGCUUCGACUGGACUUCCCACCGCCGCUCCAAGGAACCAGUGAAUCUUCAUCGGACGCAUUUGGGCUUCUGAUGGACUCUUUCAAUCCAACGCCCUCUCCUGUAGAACUCAUGAAGGCGAACCUUUUCGAGCCUGCACUUCUCGUAGGAAUGAAGGGGCCUUCUCUGUGGCCUUCGCACAUAUCUUCUCGUCCAACAUCUUCCACAAUCCCUCCGACAUCGAUGGAUCAGAAAAUUCGUCAUCUCUCUCAGAUCAUACAAUCGAGCUUGGACACGCAUCUUUUGAACUGGUGUCUUCGUUGCGAGCAAAAUGUUCAAACUAAGGUUCCUCUCCCGUUUGUUUCUUCUUCCUCCCUACCCCCAUGCUUCAUGAUAUUUGGAAUACUGUACGAUGCCGAUGGUCUGGUCAUCGUUGCUCACAUUCCAUAUCCAACUGCGUCUCCAGCUAUGGCGACUACGUCCGAUUGCACCCCGUCCUAUGCGUAUCUUUCAUGUAUAGUAGAUCGCAUACCUAUGACCGGCGCGGAUCGACCUAGCUCACUGGAUCCAAGCGGAGAGUCUCCGAUCCUUAGCAAUUUUAGGGCUGCUUUGGCCCUCUUCUCACUACAAAGACAUGCCUUCAUGAUGCUUACGCUAUGGGAAAGGGUUGAAUGGCCCACCGCUAUCGUCGAUUUUCUCACUGCCUCUCGCGGGAGUAGAGAAAGCGAAGACGGGGGUGGAAGCCAGGACUAUGGUUACGAUGAAGAUCUCGGAAGCAGUACUGACAGCAGCAACGAUGAGGAAGAAGAAGACGACAAAUCACGCAACAAUGCGGAUAUCGACCACGACUGCGACCACGACCAUGGUGAUCAUGACGAUGGCGAUUCCAGCGAGAACAAUAGCAAGAGUAACAAAGGCAGGACCCGCAACGACUAUGUAGGCGACGGAGAUGGAAGCAGAGAAAGCGAAGACGGGGGUGGAAGCCAGGACUAUGGUUACGAUGAAGAUCACGGAAAUAGCACUGACGGUAGCAACGAUGAGGAAGAAGAAGACGACAAAUCGCGCAACAAGGCGGGUGUCGACCACAAUCGCGACCACGAUCAUGAUCAUGACGAUGGCGAUUCCAGUGAGAACAGUAGCGAGAGUAACAAAGGCGGGGCCCGCAACGACUAUGUUGGCAACGACGAGGGUAGAAGCAAAAGGGCAAGUGAUACACACGCACAACAUGACAGUGAGACCCGGCCCAGAGACCGACGAGACGAUGGCGAUGAAAUUGGAGACGAUCAUCAAGACGAUCAUCAAAAGGGCGAUAUUGACAACCGAGAAUACAAUAACAACGCUGACGGAGAGGACUCCGACAAAGGAGUUGACGACGUCUAUGACCCAGUCCACGAGACGUUGGUCCAUGCAGGGAAUCGGGUGGGUCUAUAUGCGAGCGUAUCGCGACGCGAACAAAUGCAGACUACCAUCCCGGAUUGGUUAAUUCAGGUCGCAUCUGUGCACGCGAUGAAACAAACUUUUUGAUCAGCAUGACGAUCCAUUGCUGGCCACUCACAAUACAAGGGUGUAUGACAUAUAUAGUACCUGUAUCCCGAUAGAAUUGGAUUCACCAAUUGUAUUAAGCCUGAUGUUUUGUCU